CGAGUCCGCGGAAAGCCGGCGUCCACCGCCACAGUUGAGCGUCGCGAUUCGUCGCGAAAGCAUCGUGUUAAAGGGCAUACAGCUCUUAACCGUGUACACCGUUUUAACGUUUAACGUUCAACGUUCGUAGAGGAGGCGGCUAUCGCGAGCACCAUUAAGUGAAGUUCGUGCGGGAAUAGUAAAAGGUCGUGGAGAAGAUCGGGUGGCUUCGUGUUUGCACGAAUCGCGACAAAGUCGAAGCGAUUAGACGACGACGACUUUAGUCGAGGUCGAUCUACCGCGAAGGACGUACGCACGCGCUCGAGAUCUGUACGCGUUCUGAUAUUUGCACGUUUGACCAUCUGAAAAACAAGGAGAUCCGGAACGACGAGAAGAGAGAGAGAAGGAGAAGAAAGACACAGAGACAGAAAGAGGGAGCGACAGGUCACCUAGUGGAUAUUGACUCACGGAGGGAGAAAUAAUCACAGAAAACAGAGAGAGGUAGAAACAGUGAGAGAGAAAGGUGAGGUUUUUGGAUGUACCAGUGAACGGCUAGCGGUAACGAAUACGAGGAGCGAAGAGGAACACGACGAGGGCUAUAAUCGGACGAGCAAAACAAUCGCACGUCCUUCCUACGCGUCCACAGCGACAGUGUCACGAAAUUGGGUGAAGUGAAUCGACAGUGAGAAUCGAUCGUGACUGCCUUUCUAACGGUUGUUAUUCGAGGGUCUUGGAAGACAAUUGGGAAAAGCAAGUGAUCGGGAGACACUACCUACCGAAAGGGAAACUAUCGAAGGUUGUUGUGACUUAUUUCGAAAAAUUCGGUGCUGAAGCUUUUGCCACUGACGAUUGCUGUACGUUCGAAAUUGUCUACUUCGUUCGUGUUGUUGCUUGGCGAACGUGACGUUGAAGAAUACAGAUCGAGCCGCGAACGACGUUGUUAUUUAAAAGAGACAGUACGAGAGGAAGGAAGGAUCUAAGGAAAACAAAUAACGUGUGCCUCCUCGUGGUGUCGUAAUAAUAUUGUUUCCCGCGCGCACUGCGGAUUGGCUGCGGCUACGAAGGCAGAGCUGUUUUACGGGCGAGCGAGUGGGGGGAGUUGUUUCAUUCAUAAAAAAGUUCUUUAUUACUGUGAGCGCAUGUGCUAUUCAACGGCAGAACUCCUCCUUCACCUACCGUAACACGCGUUACACCGUAUUUACUACGAGGCGACGUGAAUUAUCAUCGCGCGUCUCCACGAGCAACAGAUCUCAACCAGCAAGUCGGACAUUUUAUACGAGCGAUCAAAUUAUACUCGGUUGCGCGUAUGUUCUCUCGCGAUUUCGAUUCUGUACGGAUAAAGUACGAAACCCAGAGAAACGUGUUUACUUCUCUUCGUCGAAUCUUAAGGAUCGUGCGAAUCAGGUUGGAAAUAUCUGAGCGUUACAUCGUCGUGUUUGCAAGAUAGUCGAACGAGUCAUCGUGAUCGACGCGACAUAGUGCUUCCCGAGUGUCUUUCACUCUCCGGUGAACGUUAAACGGGGAAAUCGUGAAGGCAUAAUUCUGGAAUUCCCGUGGUACAACGAACUGGCCUCCGCCGCCGCCGCAGCCGUCGUCGCCGCGGGGGACGUGAACCUCGUUCGCGAGACGGAAGGAUACUCGAUAAAGGCGGCAUAUCGAACCCCUUUCAAAAUAGAUCGAAAGGGGAGCGACGAUUCAGCCGAGGACGGGCUAAGGGAGGAUUUUCGCGAAGGCAGCAAGGACUAUAGAAGCAACAUGAGGGGCGAGUCUACGCGACCGGGAAAGCGGCCACUUAGGGCACUUUCUGCUUCAGAAAAGAUGGACGCUAUUCAGAGGGUUCACGAGGGUGAAAGUAAAGCAUCGGUGGCAAGAGAUAUCGGGGUGCCGGAGUCCACUUUGCGAGGAUGGUGUAAAUCUGAGCACAAGAUUCGGGGAAUGGCGCGAAAUUCCUCUACUCCAGAUAGCGAGGCACAUUCGCCGGCAUCCUCUUCCGGUACCAAUAUGGCCGCUGCUCUCGCUUCCGCCACGGCCAAUCUAUCUAGCGAGGACGAGGGACCUUCGACCAAGAAACUGAAGAUGGAUCAUCUAAGUGCAGGUUCAUCUUAUGGCGCCAGUGAUAACGUCGAGAACGAGGGCAAGCUCGAUGCCAAUGCCAAGAUUGAUUAUGUCAGUCUGAUGACCAGUAUGGCCGGCAUGAGACCUGAGAAUAGCUCGCUUUUGCUACAACAACUUGGAUUAUUGUCAGGAGCCACUGGUACCCUUGCGAAAAAUUUACUCAACGUACCGGUCAGUUUGGCGCACAGCAGCACAGUUGGUCUAGUCGAGAAUGGACUGCAGUAUACCAAGAGUAACAAAAGACAUAGUAUUUCUGCCAUUGCUCCAGCGCAAAUGGAUUCUGUAGCAAAGUCCUGCACGAGGAAGAGUCUGCCACCUGCUGCGGAGGCACCCUGCACUCCAGUGCCAGCCUCACCAAGGAAGACCAAUGAGAACAUGCAGCAUUUAGCCAAAGCGAAGAAGGACAAUGGCAGUAAUAGAAAAGUGGAUGAGGCACUCUGGCUAUGGUUGACACAGCAGCAACAACUUCUUGGACAACAAUCAGCAACGUUUAAUCCUAGUAAUCAACAGGAUGGUUCGUGGUUUUGGCAGUGGUACAAGCAGUGCAGCUUCCCUCUGGUUACACCUGCACCCAUGACACCUACACCAGUUACCAAGAAGUCACCUAGCAAGACCAGAGCUUUACUGGAUAAUGUCCUGUGCAAUAACAAUAAUGAAAAUGUCAAACGUAGUCUUAAUAUGGAUGACGAAGAGGCUGACUCUGGGGAUAUACCAGCAAGCACCGAAGAAGCUAUCGAGCAUGGAGAAAAGUUCUUUAAGUGGUUGGACAAAUGCUCGGACCCAGCAGUGACGCGUUUGCAAAUAAUGCAAUUCAAAUACCUCCUGGACAAUCUAAAGGCGUGUAGGAAGAAGUCUUCUAGUUUAAAGCAGAGCAGAAAGUAGGCAAGGUGCUGUGAUGCUAAAUAAUGAUUCGAGGCACAUCGAAAGGGGGCUCUAGGCAAUUUUGGACUAUAUUAGUCUGAGCUCUUUUUCUUUGAACGUUUUUGUCUAAUCUACUUUUUCGUUGGAUAAGAUAAUUAGCUGACCAGAGGGAUCACAAACUUUGAUGAGACUCGGCUUCUUAUGCACCAUAAGAAUUGGACCGAACUGUAGUUACCUUGAUAUAAGAUGGGCCGAAUCAAAAUAGGUCGUAUGGUUUUUAAACAUUGUACAUAAGAGGUUAUACCAAAUUCUUCAAACAGUUGUAAUUAAGAUUAAGUCACCGGUAGAGAUUUAUUAUAAUUCCAUUACUCGUUAGCGUAGAUACGUGUGCAGGGGCUUGAGAAGGAAGAGGCGUUCUUACAGGAAAGGUGUCUAGAAUUUAUGAAGCUGCUUCGCACCAUAGAAUUUAGUCAAGCCAGAGAGUGAGAUGGUGAGAAUUAGUAGUCGCAAAUCAGGACGCACAAUAACAGGGCGUCACUGAUCGGUUAUCCAGUUUGCAAUGGUACUCAUUAAUUUACAUAAUAUAACAAUACAAUAAAUUCUACAUGCCAUAAACUCUCAGAUUAUGUCAUUCCGCAAGGGAGAUUUUCCAAACGCGCUUCGUAAUUCAUUAUUCUUUUUCAAUUAACUAUCAAUUAUCAUUAAUCCCUUGUGGUUUAAUUCUACCAAACAAGAAUGCACCCCUGGACUCUACUACGAUUCGUAUGUAACACAAUCAUUCAGUAUUCAUUGAGCUCGUGUCUUUGUUUCAAGGACUUAUUAAUUAAACAAAAAGAAAGUAUUUAAAAACCGCAGUUAAUAACUACUUACCAUAACGAGUGCUUUCUUCGGAGGUUUGUAAACCACAAAGUCGCUCACAAACUUGGCGCAUCCCUGCCAUGUGUACAACUCCGGAUAUGGCAAUGUAGUUCGUCUUAUGGUAGUGGAGACGAAUUUCUGUCCAAAAGAUAAAGUUCACGUUACACUUUCCUCCGCCUACUUUGCUUCAACAAACGAAGCAAAAAAAAAUAUCAUAUCCCUCAUAUAAUUGAGUUACUUUCUUCCCUUUCAACUAAGUUAAAACCAAGCAGAUGCACAAAAAAGGUGUCGCAUCACCGAUCCUCCAAUACAUUUCAUCAAAUGUGAUGAUCGCCGUCUAUCAAUAAAAUUAUAAUUGUUAAAACAAAGGAAAUCAUGUAAAUUUACAACUUAUUUGUAUGCUAAUGACUUGCGCGUACUCGCAGGUACACGAUACAAAAAUAGGAAAGUGUAAGAGGGGAGAAACAUCUCUGCUUUCUGGCUCGAUGUGCCAAAACUUCUCGCUGAAUAUUUUCCUUGGCUAAUCGAUCGCACAUGAAAAUAACCCUAGGGUACUUUCGUGUUAGCGCUACACUACAAUUUCGUAAUAGUACUAUGUUCGGACGGCUAUGGCUACUGCAAGAACAACCUACUGUCAUUAAGUUUAACAAGUACUCAGUGUAGUGAAACGCACGAGGAACUCGAAAAAGAUGCGCUCUCGUGGCGUUCCGAGAAACGUGGUUAAAGUAUAUUUGUGAGAAAAGAAUGAAUGGAAAUGCAAACCAAAGGGAUAGAAAAGCUGCCGACAGGACAGCCUGUAAAUAAGACUGUGACUGUGCACUUAAAACUCCAAGUGCAUACCGUGUAUUAUAGUACGUCUAAGGCAUGUACGAAUAAAUGUAUAGCGAAGUUUAUUUUUAUUAUUUAGAAGCAUAGAGGAGGACAAAAUUGAAUGUACUAGAGAAGGAAAAAAAGGAUUCCUAUCGCAGGGUUAUAUAUUUCCAUUAGUUAAAUUAAAAAUUAUCUACCUAUAGACCUAUUCGAGAAGACAUUCCUUGUUACCUUUACAUACCUAACGAUUCGCAAAUUUUAAUAAUAAUAUCGAUUAUUUUAUUUAUGUUU